UCAACUCAUUCAAUAUGGCAGACGUUAAACAUCGUUCUGUUGCAAUGCAAUGAGUGCAAUGCUUUACAUUGUUUUUGUUGGAUAUUCAUUUGUCAUGUUGCAUUCUAACUUUUGAAGACAAUAUACGGGAAUACUGUAAUUAUGAUGUCAUCACCUCUUUCCCCCUUUACCCCACCCAUAGUUAAGAGACUCCUAGCCUGGAAAAAAGGCGAACACGAAAAAGAUGACAAAUGGGCAGAGAAAGCAGUGAAAAGUUUGGUGAAGAAGUUAAAGAAAACUGGUGGCUUAGAUGAACUAACAAAAGCACUCUCAACCCAAGAUUCUUGUACUAAAUGCAUUACAAUCCCACGAUCACUAGACGGUAGACUCCAAGUAUUUCACAGGAAGGGACUCCCGCACGUCAUUUACUGUCGACUUUGGCGUUGGCCAGACCUCCAGAAUCACCAGGAGCUACAGCCAGGUGACAGGUGUGAAUACGCUUUCCAUUUGAAGAAAGACGAAGUUUGUGUUAACCCAUAUCAUUACACACGAGUAGAAGUAGCUCUGCCGAGGGUUCUGGUGCCAAGGCACACAGAAAUACCAGACAUCUUGCCCAAACUUGAAGACUAUAGCACUACUAUACCCGAAAACACGGAUCUCCCAAGCAGUAGCAUCAAUGAUACUCCAUUUAAUAUAUCGGAUACACCCUCCCCGGGGUAUCUGAGUGAGGAAGGGGACACCACUGACAGUCAGGGCAUGGAUGGUGUGGAUAUGUCCCCUAGUCCUCCAUUAGACAACAACACAGAGUUGCAGCCUGUGACAUACAAAGAGCCAGAGUACUGGUGUUCUAUAGCUUACUACGAGCUGAACAUGAGGGUGGGGGAGACCUUUCAUGCCUCACAACCAUCACUGACAGUGGAUGGCUUCACAGACCCCAGCAACUCUGAGAGGUUCUGCUUGGGUCUUCUGUCAAAUGUCAACAGAACACAGCAAGUUGAGAUGACACGGAGGCAUAUAGGGCGAGGGGUGAGGUUGUACUAUAUUGGAGGUGAGGUAUUUGCAGAAUGUCUUAGUGACAAUGCUGUGUUUGUACAGUCUCCCAACUGUAACCAGAGAUAUGGCUGGCACCCUGCCACAGUGUGCAAAAUACCCCCAGGCUGUAACUUAAAAAUCUUCAACAAUCAAGAGUUUGCAGCUUUGCUAGCUCAGUCAGUGAACCAGGGAUUUGAGUCUGUUUAUCAGCUGACUAGAAUGUGUACCAUCAGGAUGAGCUUUGUCAAAGGGUGGGGGGCUGAAUACAGACGCCAGACAGUGACAAGUACACCGAGCUGGAUUGAGAUUCAUCUUAAUGGACCUUUACAGUGGCUGGAUAGAGUGCUUACCCAGAUGGGCUCCCCAGGCCUGCCCUGUUCUUCUAUGUCAUGAGUUGCUGUCUGUGACACAUGUCACUGUCAUGAGUUGCUGUCUGUGACACAUGUCAUUGUCAUGAGUUGCUGUCUGUGACAUGUGUCACUGUCAUGAGUUGCUGUCUGUGACACAUGUCAUUGUCAUGAGUUGCUGUCUGUGACAUGUGUCACUGUCAUGAGUUGCUGCCUGAUACAUGUGUCAAUGUCAUGAGUUGCUGUCUGUGACACAUGUCACUGUCAUGAGUUGCUGCCUGUGACAUGUGUCAAUGUCAUGAGUUUGCUGUCUGUGACACAUGUCACUGUCAUGAGUUGCUGUCUGUGACACAUGUCACUGUCAUGAGUUGCUGCCUGAUACACAUGUCACUGUCAUGAGUUGCUGUCUGUGACACAUGUCACUGUCAUGAGUUGCUGCCUGAUACACAUGUCACUGUCAUGAGUUGCUGUCUGUGACACGUGUCAAUGUCAUGAGUUGCUGCCUGUGACAUGUGUCACUGUCAUGAGUUGCUGACUGUGACACAUGUCACUGUCAUGAGUUGCUGUCUGUGACACAUGUCACUGUCAUGAGUUGCUGUCUGUGACACAUGUCAAUGUCAUGAGUUGCUGUCUGUGACACAUGUCAAUGUCAUGAGUUGCUGCCUGUGACAUGUGUCACUGUCAUGAGUUGCUGUCUGUGACAUGUGUCAAUGUCCUGGGUUUGCUGUCUGUGGCACUUGUAAAAAAUCCUUCAGUAAAGAUGGUUUACCAAACUAAGGGAAGCAAUCAGCAUGUAAAAACAUGAAUUUGUUAGUGACAUGAGCAGCAGUGUUUUGAGAACAAAUUUUUCUAGCAUGUCGGUAUGAAAAGUUCCACAGUAGCUGGUUCAAAUCUUUAUCUCACUGUGUUGUUAGUACACAAUGGCAUGAUGAUGUUGUUGCCUCCCCUCUUGAUCGUUGCAAUCAUGACAACAUUAGAUGGGAGAUAACCAAAGAGUGGGAGCUACAACUUGCAUUGAGUAACUUGCUGGCUAACUAGUUCAUUAGUCACACGCCAUAACAUUCAAACACAAAUCUUCAUUGGUAUAAAACUUCGACGUAACUUUUAUAACUAUUGCUGGCAUUACCAUUUGUAAAUUUUUUUUUCCAAAAAAAAGAUAUAGUAUUGUCAAAGUCUUAGUAAGAGUUAAGUUUAUGUAUAUUAUCUAAUUUUAAGCAUGCUACUGGAGUUUUUUGCUUCUGUGUAAUCUUCUAAAAGAUGUUUUGGCUGUAUGUUACACUGUAAUUUGACCACUUAUCCAAUUUUUGUUGGGAUCCUUUUAAUAUGAGUAUGUUAUACAUUUCCUAUUUAUCAUUGCAUAAGUUUUCAGAAAUAUCCUCUAUUACUUUGUAGUUAACUUUUUUUUUUGCAUUCUAAAAUUGAUCUUUGGCUUGAGUUGAUGCUGAGAGAAAGUCAGUAAUAACUUAACUGUUUUUAUUAUUUAUUUUUAACAGUAAUAUAUAGUGUAGAGCUGUUUUUAUACUAAUUUAGAGAAGAAAAAAAAUGUAUUAUCGUUGAUAUCUAGUGUUUUGAAGUUAUUAUUUUAAAGAAGAGUUAAUAGUAUUCUAGAUUAGGCUGUUUUUAAUGUUGGAAAACUGAGUUUGUAAAUAGGUUAUUGGUUUUGUCUGCGUCAUGUGUUAAAAAAAAAUUACAAAUUUUAUGUUGAUACUAACAACAUACCAGUGAAGAAAUUGACCGGGUAAAUGUGUUCAUUUGUUGAUUGCGACUAUCCAAGUUCAGUUCUUAAUUUAAGAUAAAAAAAAAUAAAUAAAUAAACUGACCCUUCUGUGAUAGCCAUGUUUACUGGGUAAAUACCCUGAAUAUUUUUUGUUUGAGAUUAUAUUUACAAAUUAACAAAAAAAUAAAAGAAACAGUCAAUCUAACUUGAAUUGUGAAAUCAAUUUUGGGCCAGAUACUUGUAUUUGAAUGAAAACUAAAACUUUUUGAUUGAAAUUACUGAUACAAAGAUGUAAAUUAUCAUUUCACAAAUUAUUUUUCCCCUCUCUGUUACCGCUUAAAGCCACAGUUUUGCUUGUUUUUACAAUACAUUUAUUGUUAAAAUACAAGAAAAAGAACUUUGGUAAAAGUUGUGUUUUGUCAUGUUUUAAAACAUGUAUUAUAUAUACUUUCCCAAUUGUUUGUCAUUUUCAAAAGUUUGAAAGCAGUCACUUGUUGUAUCAAGUUAGUCCUCUAGGAUCAUUUGUAUAAAUGUUUGCAAUCAACUAGAAUGACUGUUGUAAACUAACUGCAGCCAACAUAAUGAUUGUUGUACAUUUUAUGGAAGCCAAUGUAUGAUUGUAUUAAAUUACUACAGCCAACACAACUGAUUCUUGUAUACUACUCUCUAGAAGAAAAUACAAUUUUACAAAUGUUAAAAACAAAAUGUGUAUCUAUUGCAAUGAAAACCCCCUUGUUUACCAAACUGUUUUUAUUGUCCUGACCCUGUAUGUACAAAUCAUGUAUGUAAAGUGGUAGAUUUUGUUUACUCCUCUGUUAAAAUUUAGUUCCCUUUACAGUUGAGUCAUUUAUAAAAGCACCCACAGUAGUAGGCCACAAACACAAUUACCUGGGGAUUGCUUUUUAGGUCACGACCAACUUGGCCACCAGUAACACAUUUGUGUUGUAUUUGUUAAAAAUAAACUGUGUUGGUUUAUUCAAGAGAUUUUGAAAGUGAGUAUAAUUGAGUUACCCGUUCAUGUGCUCGGUUCUAAAUAAUGGCCACCUGGUACCAAUAAUGUGGAAAAGAACAAAAUUGUGUUAUUUACAUUUUGUUUCAGUAAAAAAAUAUUUUUACGGGAUAACUAAAAUUACGUUUAAAUUCUGUGAGAACUAUGAGGCUAUUUCAUAAAGACUGGCUGGUAGUAAUGGUUGCUAUGUUUAUAAAUAAACCACUUUUUGUAGAAACUUAAGCUUACUGUAAACCCAUCAUCACCAGCCAUACUGACAAAAGAAAUUUUUCAACAAACAUUUGAUACAACAGCACACUGAUACUCUUUGGUUUUGUUUCAGUACCAGUUAUAGAAAAAGGGGUGUUUUUUUUUUUUAAAUUUAGUCAAGGACACAUGCUUAAGUUUCAUUUGUGAUAAAACAACUCCAAAUUAAAUCUAUAAAGGGUAAUGAUUAUUUUAAAUGUUUGUUUUGAAAUGUCAUUUAUAAAAUAAAGUAUCAAGUUCCAUCCCCAUUAAAAUUUUCAUUUGGAUGAAACACAUCGUCGCAGUAGAUUUCUGCCAGAGCCAGCACCAACCCACUAAGUGAUUUGUGGCAAAUUCUGCGAAUAAAGCCAUGGUUCUUUAUUUGCUUACAACUAUAAAAUUGAUAUUUCACUGUGUUGGUCAUAAUCAAGUUAUUGAGUUCCUUUUUUCUUAGUUAAAAAAAAAAUGCAGGGUUUCACAAUUUUUUUUUUCUUGAAGAUUUUGAAUUUUGUACUAUUGUUUAAUGUCUAUUUAUAUCUAGAAUGUUGAAUACACUGCUCCAUGAGCUGGUUCUAUUGGUGUAUAGUUGCAUGAUACAGUUAGCCUAUACAAGUAUUGAUAUGGCUCAUUUUAUUUUUGUCGUUUGCUUCAUCUGCUUGGGCCCACACAGUUUGAACUAAAGCUUUGUUUUUUAGAACUUUCAUAACCAAAGAAGUUGCAAAAAUAAUAUUUUUUAGAAAUAAAACUAAUUCUGUAAAUUAAGUCAACCCUUUAAUCCAUUUAACCUUUACUGUAAUUGUUGUAUUGUGCAUGAAGCACAAUCAGUUUAACAUAAGGACAUUGUAAAGUGGAUCUAGUGCAUUGUUUUAAAGCAGUUAAAGUGUCUACAAUUAAUUUUUAGAUAUCUGACCUUUAUAGCUGAAAUGUUAUACAUCAUGCAUGGUUUUUUUGUCAGGAAAUCAAUUUGUUUUAACAAUUUUUAAAAAUAAAUUGCUUUUUUUGUUGCUAUGAAUUUCAGAUACUGUGUAUUUGUAUAUGUAAUUUAAUCAUGACUGCUAAUACGAAAUAAAUCCUUUACAGAAGGAACGUUUAUCGAUAAAUUAGAAUUGCUUAUUUACCAAACUGCUUUAGGUAUUGUAAUAUCAGUUUGUUAUUCUAAAAUAGCUUUUGCUUAUAUAUUUUUUUACGUUGAUCAGUCAAGUUUUAGUUUAGGUUAGCAAAUUUGCUUGCCUAGAACAGAAAUGGAAGAAUGUAAUUAUCAUACAUAAGUAUCUUAACUAGGGCAGUAACAUUUAAUCAUGUCAAGAGUAAGUGUGAUGCAUUUCUGUAAGAUUGUGAAAAUAAAGAAUUUUUCGUCACAUACAAGGUUUUAAAAAGCAAAAACAUUUCUGUAGUAAGAUUUGCUUAACCAUUUUGUAAAGGAGAAAGCUUAAUGUAACAGCAAUUUUAUUGAUCAGAGAUAAGUCUAUAUGCUUACAAACAUAAACAAUGUCAUGUGAUCUCGUUAGUGUUUGUGAAAAAAAGCUUAUUUACUAUGCUAUGAACUGUUAUCACUUUUUAUCUUGCCCCGGUAAUCAUUAUGAAAAUGUUCUUCCAAAACUACAUUUAAGAAAAAAGUUAUAUUGAAGAAAAUAAAUUGUCUAUCAGUUAUUUAUCCUAUAAUUUGUAUGGUAGCCUGGUUGUGAAUACAAGAAUCUUAAGAUGUAACUUUGUAUUGCUAUAUAUAAUGGCUAUACACACAUUUUAUUGUUUUGUUUAUGAGUUCCAUAUAACAUUGAUCUUGUAUUUAGUGUUAAAUAUCUUCAUCCCAAUCACACUUCAUCAUUGGAACAUUUGAAAAAUAAUAAACAUAUUUGCAAUC